UUGUCAACACUAAAACAUCUAUUGGGUGAGGUGAACAAACUUAAGGAGGAAACUUGUUUUACACGGUGUGAUGUAGACAUUCUACGCUUAAAAGCCUUUUAGUCGAUUCGUUUUACUUUUUAAACAACAGUGACUAAAUCCCACACGUGAUUUCAUCGUUUCGAUUUCUCCUGAAUUAAAACAAAGCCUUCAGGUAUGGCCGACGCAGAUGAGUCUAAUGGGACGGACACCACCCAGCUGAGCUGGGCUGGGGAAACUGCCCAUUGUAUAACACUUCUUGCCCUGUUUAUCUACAUGUUUGCCCUGCUGGGAGGUGGCUCAUUACCACGGCCCUUCUUUGAACAGCUUGCCUACGUUUUCCAGCUGAUCCGAAUACUUCUGACCUUCAGUAUUCUGUUACCUGCAGUACUGCAUUGGCAAGCCUUCAUCAUCAUGCCAGCAUUUGCCAGCACCUUGUUUCCCCUUUUUGUGACCGUGGCUCUGGUACUCAAUAUCUUCGUGGCUGUGUCGCUGAGAAAACUCACCACCAAAAGCUGCACAAAGGUUGCUCACAAGAGAAAGGUGGCGAUGAUGGUGGCGAAUUAGAAUCGGUUGAGCUGGAAACAUGUUAAGGUUCCGCCUCCCCCAUCGGAUAUUUCAUCUGGACAUUAUUUGUGUGGAAAAACAAUAUCUUGAAUCAGAACAUCAAACCCUGAUUGAACAACGGAGCUAGAAAAUAAAAUAUUUGAUGAAUGAGAUAUGAAUCAUUAAAACAAAAGUUU